AUGAGAAAGAGACUCACGACAGGCAUCGUGGUGCUAAUAUGGACUGGCCCGCACGCUAACAUGUGGGAAGUGGAAGGAAGAAAUCACCUUGAUGGGUUGAUGAACUGUUCUCGGUUGCUGCCUAAAUUGCUACUAGGAGUCCUCCACGAGUUGUGUCUGACGCUGCAUGUGCCAACUUGCUACCACUCCACGGAACGGUGGCUGCCCCGCCUUCCGUAUACCUCGUUUAGAACCGCUUCAGCCGGGGGACUGCAAGACACACUUCUUGGGGAUACAUCUCGCUUCCGUUUGGUUUGCUUCCCAUUUAUCGUGAGGAAUUGA